AUGCCUCUCCGAAUUAUUGAAGGCGAGUCACCUGAACCGGUCCCCUGGGGAUCCCUCCCAUUAGAUAUCUAUCUUCUCUCGGAAUGGGAAACCCCGAACCCCGCACAGCCCACCGAGUCCCCCUCAGACCGCCGCCGACGGCUGGUACGUCAGUUCCUCGCAUUAGGAUUGGAAGGCAGAGAGAUCCUCCUCCCAGUACGCCCGGAGGCCCUACGGCCUUACGCUGGCUAUACCACCUGUCUAGAGGAAGGCCUCUGGAUCCGUCUCUGCUACAAAAAAGAGAAAGAAGAGGCGCAUGAGGCUCUAUGGUCCUACAACGAAGACGUAGCCUACGUCGGUCCCGAGGGGGUAGUCCUUGACGAUGAAGAGAUUUUCAGGGGCGGCCUAGACGUGGCAGCUGCGUUGGAACUGUUCCCCGAGCGUGUCACGAAUGAGGGUUCCACGGGACACAUUAAAUUGCGAGAGGAGACUUUGAGAGAGGUACUGGGUUACGUGGAAGAUGAUACGGGAUCUGGUGAAGAGGACUAUUCUGAUGAGAUCAAAGAGAUGCUGGCACAGAUGAGGGCGACCCGUGCGGCGAACCCCCUUCUAAAGUAUGGCCUGUAUCAUGCUGCUUGUGUUGUUACUCAUGCUUUUGUGGAAGAUGAGGUAGCACUUGAUGGUGGGGGUUUGUUGCAUGUGUUUUGGGAUGAUUGUGGGAAUGUGGUGAGGCAGUGGCGGGUGGAGGAUGAUGGAGUAGAGGACAACUUUGAUGGAGCUUGGGUGGAGGGUGCUUGGAAAGAGAAUUUCAUCAAUGGGAUGGGAGAGCUUGGUCCUGCUUAUCAUGAGGGUGGAAUGCGAGGACCCCCAUACAACAUUUGA